AUGGUUGUACUAAUUUUAAUACAGCUACUUAAAUUCAUCACUUCUGCUAGUUAUGCUGUUCUUUACGUCUUGAUCCUUUAUAUUCCUUCAACCAAUGUUAAUUUAGCACUUAGAGACACUCCAGCCACAAUUCGUUAUCGAACAAAAGCAGUUUUAUAUCUUUGUGUUUUCUGUGGAUUUUUAACAUCCUGGAUAACGCAACCGUCUCAUAAAAAAUAUUUUCCACAUGCUUUUUUUAUCUUAGGAAUUUGGCCAUGUAAUAUAUGGGAUGUUGUACGACCAAUCAUUUUAGUUUUUAGUUUAUUUUUAGGGCCCUUUAUAAAAAAGACUAUACUUUUAAGUCAUCCAACUACAAUGCAUCGUACUGUUACAUCAUCUUCAAUUGACCGUAGCGUUAAAUAUUGGAUGAGUUGGAGAAAUUAUGUAGUUGGACCAUUUAGUGAAGAAUUUAUAUUCAGAUCGUGCAUGAUUUCUUUGUUGCAUCAAAAGUCAGUGUUAAAAACAAUUUCAAUAACAUCCAUUUUAUUUGGUUUGGCACACAUGCAUCAUAUCUAUGAAUAUUACCAGUCAUUCCCCAACAAUAUAAAAGUUGGUAUUUUUGCAUAUCUUUUCCAAUUUUUUUAUACAACAGUAUUUGGAGUAUUCGUAUCAUAUUUAUAUAUUUGCACUCAAAAUCUAUGGUCAAUAGUAUUAGUACAUUCCUUUUGUAAUUGGAUGGGAUUUCCACAAUUAUAUGGCUCAGUAGGCUCUUCAAAGUUAAGAACCUUGAUUUAUUAUACGACAUUAUGUCUUGGUAUCGUUGGAUUUAUUGUCUUUUUCAAGCAACUUACACGGCCAUCUUCGUCUAAUAAUCUAUUUUACAGCUAA